CCCACCCCUCAUUUCCCCCUCAUUAAACUCCACCCCUAACCACCCCCCAUUUUUCUCCCCCCACACCAUGACCAAUAAACUCAUCCACCAACACAAAAACCACCACCACCACCUCCUCCCACCACCACCACCCCGCUCCACCUCCACCAUCCAAGCCUGCGCCGCCUGCCGCUACCAACGCCGAAAAUGCGCCCCAGACUGCCUCCUCGCCCCCUACUUCCCCCACGACCGCCAACGCCAGUUCCAAAACGCCCAUAAACUCUUCGGCGUAAGCAACAUUACCAAAAUCAUUCGUAACCUAGACCGCCCACAAAAGGAUGAAGCCAUGCGAACCAUCAUAUACCAAUCUGAUGUCCGGUCCAUUGACCCCGUGGGAGGAUGUUACCGCAUUAUUCGCGAGCUCCAACGACAGAUAGAAAUGUCGUGUGCUGAGUUAGAUUUUGUCCUCCAACAGCUCACAUUGUGUCGAACACUUUCUGUCCAAAACAACAACAACAAUAAUAAUAGUCAUACCCUGAAUAACAACCAGUUUAGCCAUGAUCUGAUUGUUAUUGAUGAGAUUGAUUACGAUAUCCAUCUUGUUAAUAAUCCGGAUGAUCCGCAAAUGUAUGAUGAUGGUUUGAAUAAUAAUAAUAAUAAGCAUAACCAUGAUCUUGAUCUGCAUAAAGAUAAUUCUGCAUGGGACGAUAAUAGUAAUAGUAACAGUAAUAAUAAUAAUAGUCAUGUGGUGUUGCCAGUGCAAGAAAACUCAAACUCAUCGCCGCCGUUGAUUCAACCGUUGCAUGCUUCUGUUUGUGAUGAUUUCAAAUCGCUUCUCAUCAAUGAUGUGGAUCAUGAGCCCAGUGAAAAGAGUUUAUUUGAUGAAGAAAGCCAGAAAGAUUUAGUUAAAGUGGAAAAUGUGUGUUACAAUGAAGAAGAAGAAUAUGAGAUUGUUACGGAUCAUAAAGGCAUUAUUCAUGUUGAAGGAGAAUAUGGUUCUUGAUUCUUUGAAUAAUAUUUUUCUUUAACAAACAUGUUGCUAGAGCGAUCAACCGGUUUGAUAUUCGGGUUUGGUUUUAAAACAUCAGUUGUAGUUAUGAGUUAUAAUCGUUUGAAGUAAAGUAUUUGAUUAAA